CGGACAGCAGCGCAUGGAGUUGGCUGCCGCCUUGCGCUCCUCUCGUGGCCCCCAGGGCCCCCCGGCUCCGCCGCUCAUCCUUCCUGAGCUCUUCAGCUUCGUAGGCUCAGCCAAACCCUGCCAGCCUCCUGCGAUGGAGCAGCCCCUCCUCGCACCUCCGGCUAUAGGGACUCUGAUGGCACCCGGCGCGCCCCGCGGCCCCCCGCCAGGGCUGUGGAUGGCUCCGUGCGGCUGCUACUUCGACCCCCGCGUCUUUCACUUUGAGUGGGCGACCACCGCCGCGCCGCCACCGGCCAACCCCCUGGGCUCCUCUUCGUUGCCCAACGUCGCCCCCGGGGCUCCGCAGAGCUGGGUGACCCCCCCGGCCCCACCGCAGCCGUUUGUGCCCUACAAACAGCAGGGCAGCGCCGUGACCCCGCUGCUGCCGUCGGUCCCUGACUUCCAGCAGCUGGAGGGGCAGAUCCAGCAGCUGAGGAUCUCAGACGCACCUCCGAAUGGCAGCCCUGCUGUGCCCUCUGAUGGCAUCGUCCCACUCGAUAGUGACACCCCGAUGGGCACCUCCACCACCCCCGAGCCCCAAGAGAUGGGGGCCAACCUGGAGAGCUUAGACAUCGAGCUGCCCGACGAGGUGCUGCUGGAGGAGGCCGUGAGGCUCUUCAACUGCUCCCCUGAGAUGGAGGUGGUCAACGAAGACAACCCCAGCAGCGUCCCUAUGCUCGAAGACCUUGGGGAUCUCGCUGACCUCGACGAUAUCAUCUCCAGUCACAACAUGAGCUCGCUCUCGCUGCCCGAAGAGAUGCUCUCCUCUGACUACAGCAUCCCUGAAGCCUCCAGCAUAGUGCUGAGUGUGGAGCAGCUCGACAGCGUCCAGAUGAGCACCCAGGAGAUGCAGCAGGAUCUGACACCACCAGCUCUGCUGCUGUCACCACCGCAGGGCGAUGAGUUGCAGCCCAAAGCCAAGCUGGAAAAGAGGGGGAAAAAGCGACGAAACAGCUUCUUGCUGAGAAAGGGCCGCAAAUAGAGAGCCUCCACCUGCAGCAGUGAGUGGGAGAGCAGGGUUAGAGGCCUUGUAAUGGGAUUGGGAGGGGGGAGGGAGAAGGGUGAUGUUAUACAACUUUUUUCUUGUUAUCUAUUAAAGAUUGUUUGUUCAGAACAUCUC